AUGGGUCCACCACGCCGUGCCCCACCUCGAAAAGGAACCUCUUCUAAUACAAAUAACAAAGAAGGGAAGCAGAAGCAGCAGAAGAAGCAAACUCCAACGACAUCCCGCAGAGCAAACCAUCAAGAAGGAGAAAGACAACAACAACGACGACUCGGAAACGAAAAGGAAGAAGAGAAAAUAGACCUCUCUAUCACAAUCCCCAUUUCAUUACAGCAGUUACUUUUGAAUAUUUUCAAAGCUGGAUUACUUCGUUCAAGUUAUGAUGCUGGACAAGAAAACGGAAGAGAAGAAAAAGAAGAAGAAUUGGAUAUGAAAACACUCAUCCAAACCAUCAAAUCGCAUUUAUAUAAUCGAGAUUUCGACUCUGCGUUCACCGAUGCGAAUGAGGAGUUAUUGAGAGCUUAUGCGCUACGAUGGAGCGCGAGUAGGGCGUUAGGGUAUGCGGGGAUUUUUAGGGGGGUUGUGGGAUCGGGGAUUCUUGAGUUCAAGAAGAAGAGAGAGGUUGAUGAUGAGGGGAUGAGUGGGGGUGAAGUGGUGGUCAAGAGGAGGAGGAGGAGGAGGGAUGGGCAUGUGCUGUGUAUAGGAGGGGGCGCGGGAGCGGAGAUUGUUGCUCUUGCGUGUGUUUGGAGGGAUUUGAUGGAUGAGGAGGAGCGAGGGAACGCUGUUGGAGAAAUGACCUUGACGAAAGAAGACCCAGGCAGGUCUCUACAAGUCGAGGUUUCUUCUAUUCCCAACAUCUCAAUCACAGCAGUCGAUAUCGCAGAUUGGUCUUCUGUCGUGAACCGCUUAUCCUCCACUAUCAGAUCGUCUGAUAUCCCGGGCUCAAAGGCCCAUCCAGCACCGCUACUACCCCCUCAGGACGAUUCUCACAGAGGGAGCUUAUUCUCCAUCUCAUUCCAGAAAUCAGACAUCCUCACUCUUUCCGACGCUGAGUUGCGAAGCAUCCUUCACAAAGACAACAACUCAAACACCAUCCUCGUCACACUCAUGUUCACAUUAAACGAACUAUUCUCCGUAUCCAUGGCCAAAACGACCGCAUUUCUCCUUCGAAUCACCGACCUUCUCGAACCAGGCACUGUUCUCCUCGUGGUUGAUAGUCCUGGCAGUUACUCUACUGUUACUUUGGGGAAAAGCAAGAGUUCAACAACUAAACCCGAGUCCGAAUCGUCGUCAGAGCCAGAUAAACCACAGCAGAGAAACUAUCCUAUGAAAUUCCUUCUGGAUCAUACCCUUCUUUCUGUUGCGGCAGGGAAGUGGGAUAAGGUUCUCUCGCAGGAUUCGCGCUGGUUUCGAAGAGAUGCAGCGAAGUUGAGGUACGCUGUUGGAGAGGGGGCUGGGUUGGAGGAUAUGAGGUUUCAGAUUCAUGUUUAUAAGCGUUUGGAAACGUGA